AUGGCGGACGCUCGCCCAAACAUUCUCUUCAUCAUGGCCGAUGACCAUGCCUCCAAAGCAAUCUCCUGUUAUGGGGCUGGUAUUAACCACACUCCCAACCUCGACCGGAUAGCCAACGAAGGCAUGAAGUUCAACCACUGUUAUGUCACCAACAGUAUUUGUACCCCGUCCCGUGCCGCGAUCUUGACAGGUACCCACAACCACGUCAAUGGCGUCAUGACGCUCGAUUCCAAAAUCAACAAGCACAUGCCAAACGUGGCCAAGCACCUCCGAGUGGGCGGCUACCAAACUGCCAUGGUUGGAAAAUGGCACCUGGGUGAAGGGGAGGCACACGAACCGAAAGGAUUCGACUACUGGGAAGUUGUUCCUGGACAAGGCGAAUAUCAUGACCCGCAGUUCAUUGGGCCCAACGGAACUGUGCGGGAGAAGGGCUACGCGACGGACAUUAUCACUGAUAAAAGUCUUGAGUGGAUCAAAUCUCGAGACACCAAGAAGCCGUUUUUCAUGAUGUGUCACCACAAGGCGCCCCACCGUAGCUGGGAAUGCGACCCGAAGCAUAAAGACCUGUAUAAAGACCCGAUCAAGGUGCCUGAUACAUUCACAGAUGACUAUAAAAACCGUGCCAAAUCAGCCGCUGCUUCCAAGAUGCGCGUGGCGCAAGAUCUCACUUACUUUGAUCUCGGACUUGCACAACCUGAUGGACCCGCCCAUAUCGUUGGAGAGAAGAUGGUGGAUUCAUGGUCAUCGCAGGAGCGAAAAAUUCCUGACCCUGAAGAUGUGACUAAAAUGAAAUUGAUCGAUAAAGAAGACGGUACCGUAUUCACCUUCCAAACACGCCAGGAGCUCGCCCAGUUCAAGUUUCAGCGCUACAUGCAGCGAUAUCUGCGCACGAUCCAAAGCGUCGACGAUAACGUGGGUCGGAUGCUAGACUACCUUGAUGAAGAGGGUCUGUCCGAGAAUACCAUCGUUAUCUACACAUCUGACCAAGGAUUCUUCCUUGGGGAACACGGAUGGUUCGAUAAGCGCCUCGUCUACGAAAACAGCUUCAACAUGCCCUUCCUGAUCAAAUACCCGCGUGAGAUCUCCGCUGGAAGCGUUUGCAACGAUAUAAUUUGCAAUGUCGACUUUGCACCGACAUGGCUGGAUUUCGCAAAGCUACGCUUGCCAACGUAUAUGCAGGGUGUCAGUUUCCGGUCGUUGGUGCAACAAAAGACGCCGGCGGACUGGCAGCAGGUUGCCUACCACCGGUACUGGAUGCAUCGCGAUAUUAUACACGAUGCGCAUGCGCACUAUGCCGUGAGAGAUAAGCGGUAUAAGCUGAUCUAUUGGUACAAUGAGAGUUUUGGCAUCGAAGGUGCAAGACUUGGCGGCGAGGAGAAAGAGUGGGAACUAUUUGAUCUGGAUGAGGAUCCAUUGGAACUGUUCAACUGCUACCAUGAGGACAAGUAUCGGGAAGUGGUGAAGCACAUGACCACCUUGUUAGAGCUGAAGAUGGAGGAGAUUGGAGAUGAGCCCUGCCACCCACGAUAA